AUGAACGAGUUCCAAGUUGGCCAACAAUUUCAGGAUAAAGAUGAGGCGCUGUUGAGUGUGAAGACGUACAGUAUCCACCGAGGGGUGCAGUACAAGGUCGUUGAGUCUGACUACCGCAGGUAUGUGGGAAAGUGUUCUGAGUUUGGGAAUGGGUGCACAUGGCUAAUUCGGUUGAGUCUCCGACAGCGGAAGGGUAUCUGGGAAGUGAAGCGAUACAACGGACCGCAUACAUGUCUUGCCAGCUCCAUCUCCAGCGAUCAUAGGAGUCUGGACUACCAUGUCAUAUCCACCUUCAUUAUGCCGAUGGUUAGGGCUGAUGCAGCUGUGAACAUCAAGGUGCUUCAAAAUGCCACGGCCGCACACUUUGGGUUCAGGCCUACGUACAGGAGGGUAUGGAUGGCGAAGCAGAAGGCCGUUGCCGUCAUAUAUGGGGACUGGGACGAGUCGUACAAUGAGCUCCCUAGGUGGGUUCUAGGAGUUCAGCUGACGAUGCCUGGCACUGUAGCCGUCCUCAGGACUUGCCCGGUUCGGGUUGGGGGACAGGUCGACGAGUCUCAGGUUUAUUUUCAUAGGUUGUUCUGGACUUUCCCCCCUUGUAUCCAGGCAUUCCAUCAUUGCAAGCCUUUGGUGAGUAUUGAUGGCACCCAUCUAUAUGGUAAGUAUGGGGGAUAUCAUCACUGGUAUGAUGGUCCGGAUAUCAUCACUGGUAUGUGGUCCACCGAACUCGGCCACAAUGCCAUCACUAGCAAGUAA